AUGCGUAUUGACCAAGGAACGAUUCGCGGUAACUUGGAAGUCUUGGAAUUUAUAACGGAAGCUGCGCUGGAACUCCCGCAUGAAUGGUUUGAGGGACGAAGAAUACUCAUUGCUGGUGACCAGCUGACGGUCAGUAGGCUCCGUUCAUUGAAGGAAUUACGUGCAGACGAUAUCUCAUCAUACCACCGCCUUGACUGGGUCAUACCUGUCAUUCAGUUAUUCCAUCUUCAAAUGCUUCUGGCCUCAACAAUUUUGCGUACCCAUUAUGGCACUGCUUCAACACCUGGUUCAAUUGCGUUCAAUGUAUCGUUGCUUGAACGAAAGAGGGUUUCCCUAGAGAAGCCUGAUUUUCAUGCCACAAAUGAGCUUCUCCGCGAGUCAUUUGAUGCACUAGUACAACGGGCAUGGGAGCUUACUCUACUAAGUACAAACUUGGAAGAAUUUGCGGAAGGUGUCUCCGAUGAAGUACUUAAAAUUGAACUCAUGGCGAAAGUGGACACAUUAAUUGAUAGAUUUCUUCUGACUGGCUCCUUAGAAAUCCUCGAUGGGACCACAUCUAGGAAUUCCGCCUUGUUUCUCCGUGACAUGCUUUUUUACUUGGAGCUAUCGUCUGCGAUCAAAGCAGGUGAUCAUGGGCGCAUUGAAGAGAUUCUAAAAUGGAUCACAAUAAUGUUUCAAGCCGGAUCAACAAAAAACUAUGCAAAUGAACUUCUGCAUCUA